UUUAAUUUCACUUGAAACAAACUCAACGAUAUAUACAAGAAGAAUAUCAAUCCAUAGCCUCACAUAUUCAUUUCUCCAAUAUCCCUCAUCUUUCUUUCUCUCUUUUCUGUGUAACACUUUACACAGAGAGUGAGUGAGUUAAGGGAAAUGGAGAAAAUGGCACUUACUGUUCAAAACUCUCUAUUAUUCUCUUCAACAACAUUUCCAAAGAAAAACUCUUCUUCUCCAUUUUUCUUCAAUAAACGUAACAAGCUCUUUGGACUUCCCUUAUCUUCUUCCAAACCAACUCUUCGAAUUGCUUCAAGGAACAAUAAGGCAAUUAAAUGUUCAAUUUCAGAAGUCACAGAGCCGAAAACUGAGGAGAAGAAGAAAUUGAUGAGAAGAGCAGAUAUUAGAAAUAUUGCAAUUGUUGCUCAUGUUGAUCAUGGUAAAACAACUCUCGUUGAUGCUAUGCUCAAACAAACUAAGGUGUUUCGUGAUAAUCAAACUGUACAAGAAAGGAUAAUGGACUCUAAUGAUUUGGAGCGUGAAAGAGGAAUCACUAUACUGAGUAAAAAUACAUCUGUGACUUAUAAAGAUGCCAAGAUUAAUAUAAUUGAUACUCCAGGUCACUCUGAUUUUGGGGGUGAAGUAGAGCGCAUCUUGAAUAUGGUCGAAGGAAUUCUUCUAGUGGUAGAUUCUGUUGAAGGGCCAAUGCCACAGACAAGAUUUGUCUUAAAGAAGGCUUUAGAGUUUGGCCAUGCAGUUGUUGUGGUUGUGAAUAAAAUAGACAGGUCUUCUGCUCGCCCUGAUUUUGUCGUCAAUUCUACUUUUGAACUCUUCAUUGAACUAAAUGCAACAGAUGAACAGUGUGACUUUCAGGUUAUAUAUGCAAGUGGUAUAAAAGGGAAAGCAGGGUUGUCUCCUGAAGAUCUGGCAGACGACCUUGGGCCAUUAUUUGAAUCAAUCAUGAGAUGUAUCCCUGGACCGCGUAUUGAUAAAGAUGGCUCACUCCAAAUGCUUGUUACAAGUACCGAGUACGAGGGACAUAAAGGACGUAUAGCAAUUGGGCGCUUGGAAGCUGGAGUUUUAGAAAAAGGCAUGGAAGUCAAGGUUUGUACCUCAGAAGAUUCAUGUAGAUAUGCAAGAGUUAGUGAGCUUUAUGUGUAUGAAAAAUUCUUUCGGGUCCCUGCUGAAAGGGUGGAGGCUGGGGAUAUAUGUGCAGUAUGUGGAAUUUCUGAUGUUCAGAUUGGCGAGACAAUUGCGGAUAAAUUGACUGGAAAGGCACUACCUUCCAUCAAAGUAGAAGAACCAACAGUGAAAAUGUCUUUCUCCAUAAACACAUCGCCUUUUGUUGGUCGUGAGGGAAAGUAUGUUACCAGUAGGAAUUUAAGGGACAGGCUUUAUCGUGAACUUGAGCGAAAUCUGGCUAUGAAGGUUGAAGAUGGUGAAACAGCCGAUACAUUCAUUGUCAGUGGACGUGGAACACUGCAUAUCACUAUACUCAUUGAAAAUAUGCGAAGGGAAGGAUAUGAAUUCAUGGUUGGGCCUCCCAAAGUUAUCAACAAGAAGGUUGAUGACAAAGUGUUGGAGCCGUAUGAGAUUGCAACUGUGGAGGUACCGGAAGAGCAUAUGGGAUCUGUUGUUGAACUUCUUGGCCAGAGACGAGGGCAAAUGUUCGACAUGCAAGGAGUUGGAUCGGAGGGAACUAACCUACUCAAAUAUAAGAUCCCAACCCGUGGCCUACUUGGAUUGCGGAAUGCAAUUUUAACUGCUUCUCGAGGGACAGCUAUCCUCAACACUAUCUUCGAUUCCUAUGGGCCUUGGGCUGGUGACAUGAGUACUCGGGAUUUAGGCUCACUGGUUGCUUUCGAAAAUGGAACAGUUACUUCUUAUGCAGUCGCGAGUUCACAGGAGAGGGGGCAAAUGUUUGUUGGUCCAGGAGCGGAAGUUUAUAAAGGUCAAAUUAUUGGCAUCCAUCAACGCCCUGGGGACUUGUCCUUGAAUGUUUGCAAGAAAAAAGCUGCAACGAACAUACGUUCCAACAAGGAACAAUCAGUGAUUCUUGAUACACCGUUGGAUUACAGUUUGGAUGACUGCAUUGAAUACAUCCAAGAAGAUGAACUAGUAGAGGUCACCCCCCAAAGUAUAAGAAUGCUGAAGAAUCCAAAAUUUGCAAAGAAAGGAAGGUAAACUUCCGCUGUGAUUCUGUGAAGCAGAAACUUGCAGAUGUUUUAUAACGCAGCUCCGCUGAAACUGCAUAACUUCACUACGUUUGAUGCAAUGUCGCAUAUAUUUUUGCUGAAACUGCAGAAUAAUAUAGGAGUUGGCAAAAGGCCGUAUUCAUCAUAGCAAUUGUUCACAUUGAUUUUGGAGGAGAAAAUUAUACUGAAUUUUGAUCCCAUGUUUUGUAAAGUCAUUUAUUAACGGCAAGGACCAUCAAAAUACCAAUUGUUCAUGGUAUGAUUAUUGAUUGAUGAAUAGCAAAGCUACACAUAUAUCUUACGUUAAAUUUGUUGGAAAAUACCAAUAUUUGGGUUGGUCCGAGUGGUAAGGGAUCCAUACACCUUAAGCAAAUGGUCAGAUGGCCCAUCCCUAGCUAUCGUGUAUGAAAAAGAACACGGAUGGGAGGACACGCCAUGUGUGUCCAACAAGUUCUCCGACAAAGAUUAAUGCAUUCUCUAAUGUUUAAUAA